AUGGACAAAAAAGUCCCUGUCUCUCAAUGCGACGUCGUUACCCCACCACCACCUACCAAAGCCACACUUUCCUCAUUCCCUCUCCGAAAAACUCAUUACACAUCAAGUUCAUCAUGUUCUUCAACUUCAAGAAGAUUCAGAGUCAGGGCCUACAACAACACCAGCAAGUUUGGAAAUUUUCUCAACUUGAAGCCUGCCCAUCAACCUAAACCCUUGGAUUUUGAUCUCCCAAGGUGCCAUCCUUCUGAUCGAUCUCGUUUUGACGUGAUCAUCAUUGGAUCUGGCCCUGUAGGCACUCGUCUAGCAGAGCAAGUUUUCCGCUAUGAAAUUAAGGUUUGUUGUGUUGAUCCUGACCCUCUCUCCAUGUGGCCUAACAACUACGGUGUAUGGGUGGAUGAGUUUGAGAGUAUUGAUCUUGAAGAUUGCUUGGAGGGUGUGUCUCCAAUGGGGUUAAAUUUCACAAGGGAAAGUUCCAAUCUGAUAUUUCUUGAAGAAACUUUCCUUGUUAGCCGUCCGGUUUUGUCUUACAUGGAGGUGAAGAAGAGGAUGGUUGCAAGGUUAAGGCACUUGGGAAUCAGAGUGAAAAAGAUAUUGGAAGAUAAGAAACAGACAUGCAUCCACACCACAACCUAUGCAAAGAAAGUUUGA